AUGACCAAUAACAGAAAUCAAAAUAUUAUUGAGGCCGAAGCAUAUUUAAUAUUUAUUUUACUCUCCAGAUCUAGAAUCUAGAUAGGCUAGAUCUAAUUUCUAUUAUUACUUACUGCCCAGUGGCCGUAGUCUUACCGGCUAUUAGUUUAUUACUACUAGAAUUUAGACAUAAAUAAUCUAUUAUUUUUUCAAAAUUCCUCAGGCUGUGAAGUGAAAAUGUCUCUAAAAACCAAGAUUUGUUCUUGGCCUAAAAUCUUACUGUUUGGUGACUCCAUUACUCAGUAUUGUUUCAGUAAAGAAGGUUGUUGGGGUUCUUUGCUUUCAGACCACCUACAAAGGCGUUGUGAUAUAGUGAACAGAGGAUUCUCUGGCUACAAUACUCGCUACUGUAAAAUUAUUUUACCAUCGAUUUUAAAUGAGACCUUGGCCAAGGAGACUGCAGCCAUGACAAUAUUUCUAGGAGCAAAUGAUUCAAACGAUGGUGAUCUAAAUCCUAGACAGCAUGUUCCAUUAGAGGAGUAUCAACAGAAUCUAAAAGAAAUGGUCAACUUUGCUAUGUCUCAAGGCAUCAACAGAGAGAAGAUCAUUUUAAUUUCACCACCAGCAUUUCAUGUCACUGACUGGGCCAUUGUUUGUAAAUCAAGAGGUAAACCAGUCAGCAAAAACAACACAACUACAGGUGUUUAUGCUCAAGCUUGUUCUAAAGUGGCUGAGGAGUUAGGGACCAAGUAUGUUGAUCUGUAUAACGCCAUGAUGAAAAGGGAGGAUUUCUGUGUAUAUUUGAACGAUGGGCUGCAUUUAUCAGAAAAGGGGAGCCAACUGUUGUUUGAUUUGAUUAAACCAAAUAUAGACAAGUUAACCUCUGACUUGCCCACUGUAUGGUUCCCAUUUUGGGAUGAAGUUGAUGAAAGCAAUAUAGAGAAAAGUCUAUUAAAUUUUUAGAACAUUACAGUUAUAUUUGUAAAUAAUAUAAAAAUGGCAUUAUGUAAUCUGCUUCAUGGUAUCAGGGUACAUGUUUUCUGGAAGUUUUUUAAUGAAAUGUUCUUGUUCAUCUUGGGUUUUGUUUUUAAAUAAAGGGAGAUAAAAUGGCAGGUUUUUACCUUGUGAUGUGUGCCUAAUCAAAAUGUGAUCUUAAGUUGUUUAAAAUAUAUUUUUAAUGUUUUCUUAUACAAAACUGCUGAAUUGUACAUUUUUCAAAAUAUUAAAAGAGCUUAUUCACUGUUACAUCUUGCUUACUUUAAAAAUGUGCUUUAAUCUUAGUUGAUGUGAUUUUAUAUGGAUACAUUUUGGUUUGUUGAGUGUUAAGUUCUUGAAACUAAGUCACAUGACACCAACAAAAAAACAAACUCCAAUAAGUUUGAUUGUAUUUUAUAAUGUAACGAUAUGGAUAAAACUUAAUUCUUUAAUCAACAAAGCAAAGAGAUUAACAAUGUUUCCUUCUUGCAAGCAAAAUAUGGACAUAAAAUAGGUGGCCGAUUUUAUUUAAGGCAAUCACAAAAAUUUUUUAUAUGUAUUCUUUUUGACAUAAAAAGUAUUCUGGGAUCUCUGUAUGAAAUAUUAGAAAAUUGUUUACUGUAAGCAAAGAGUAUGACCUGAACAGGAAACACUACAUUAAACAUGAUUAACAUUUU